AGCCGAUGGCCUCCGCCCUCGCGCGCGCCCCCCCGGGGCGCGUGCCGGCGCCGGCCGGGGGCAUGUCGCUCUCGACGGCGCGCGGGGGCGGGCUCGGCCUGUGGCCUGCGGGCUGGGAGGAGCUGGCCGGCGUGCUCUCGCGGCGCGCCGCCGCGCCGCUGGUGGAGCUGGCCGAGGACCUCCUGGGCGGCUGCUGCGGCGUCGGCGCCGCGGUGUGGGGCUGCGGCGUCGGCUCGGAGGAGGGCGCGCCGACGUGGGCCACGGCUGGUGCGAAGGGGGCGCUACGGCUCUUUGAGGGCGUGAAGGGCGCUUCGGGGCCCCGGCUGCUGCUGCUGGCGGAGGGCGGAGAGGAGGUCACGUCCAAGGUUGUGGCGCUGGGGCCGCUCCUGGCGUCCGCGCUCCUUGUGGGCGCUCAGGGCGAGGUGGCCGGCGGCUUGCUAUCGUUGGCCUCCGCUCGCGUUCCGCUGAGGUCGAUGUUCCUGGCGACCUCUGGGAUCUUUGUGGCCUCCGCCCUGCACAUCCACCACAGAGCUCGCGAGGGCAACCCGAACGCCUACAUCUCUGCCGAGCUCUUACUGGCGACCUCCGCGGCGUUCUACCUCGCGAUGGCCGUUGCCGGGCCCCUCGUGAUCCCCCUGCCCCAGGAGUGGUUCCUCCACCCCAGCUUGGUGUGGCCAAUCCUCCAGGACCUCAUUGUGGUCCCCUUGCAGCUCGCGACGCUCUACUGGAAAGCGGGGUCCGACCUGUCCUCCGCGGCCCCAGCCAUGGCUCUCGCCACGAUGAAGACGGCCGCCGCCAUUGGCACGGCCGUGGUCAGCCCAUACGGCCAGUGGUGCCGCCUCGUGAGCUGGUCCAGCUUUGGUAUGCUAGCGGUGCAGCUCCAGGGGCUGGAGUCCGGCAAGAGGAUCCGGAUGAUCUCGGACCUGUUCGUGUUCUGCGGGCUGUCGGCCCUCUGGGCGCAGACCUUCGUCGGGCUGGGCUACACGUCCGAGCAGACGGCGAUACACGUCAUGGCCAUGUGCGACCUGGUGUGCAAGGCCGGCACCUGCCACCUCCUGACCAAGCAGAGCCCGGCGCAGGUGGAGGACGAGCCGAUGGUGGAGCCACCGCCGGAGGAGUGCUGACGGGGAGCUGCCCUUGUUGUUUAACGGUCGACGGCGUUUCGGCACGAUCAAUUGCAUACAUGCCGAAUGUUUCCAGAUCUGUUUAUGAUCUGUCCGAAGGUUCGCGCCUGCUCUCGGACAGCCAUGAGCUUGAGGUUGCGGCCGCGAGGCUUGGCCAUCCGGCCUUUGAGGACAGGGCGGUUGGCUCUAUACCUACCAAGGUUGCCCACAGCAGAGUCGAUGCCGAGAUUGCGGGCGGCGGAGUCACCAGCGACGGCGUGCUUUUCUGGUGCUCGAAUUAACCCCAGAGAUCCAACAUCACGACAUCGGAUCUCAGGGACCUGGGCUUCAGCCCUGCGUGGUUGGCCAGUGCGACGGACUCUUUGACCGCAGUCGAGCAUGUGAGCUCGAGCCUGAUGACCUUCUGCAGGUCAGCCUCGCCUGGCGCCUACAGGGUUGCAGCUUCGUCCGGAGUCCUUGCCGGGGGUCCCGUUGGGACAGAGAGGCAGCGCCCCUGGCUCGCAGGCGCCGCGGCGGCGCUGGGGGCCGCCGCAGGCUCGCGCGCGGGGCGGUGAGCCGAAUUCGGGGGCUCUCUCGGGGGCCAUAGGGGAACAGCCCGAGCGAGCCCCCAUUGGGGCCUGCGCUCCGGGGACGCAUCCCCGGGCCGUCCAAGUUGGGGGCUCCCGCUGGGACAGGGGGGCAGCGCGCGCCCCUGGCUGGCAGGCGCUUCCGCGGCGCUGGGGGCCGCCGCAGGCUCGCGCGCGGGGCGGUGAGCCCCGUUCGGGGGGGCCUCUCAGGGGCCACCGGGAACAGCCCGCACGACCCCCCCUGAUCCCCGUGGGGCCAGUGCUCCGGGGACGCAUCCCCGUACCGUCCCGGUGGGGUGCCAGUGUCGCCCCGGCUUCCUGACCCUGGGGGUGAUUGUGUAUAGGUGCUCGUCGGGCGUGCGCCAUGCGCACGCCCUCACCGGCGCCCCAUGCGUCCUGCACAAACAGUAUCCUCGGGGCUGCGGAAAGCCAUCGGC